AGCUGAUGACUCGCUAACGUAUUAUCGAUACUUAGGUAGCUUUGUGUGACAUACAAUAAAUAAUGGCGUCAGGAUUAGAGAGUUACGUGAAUCAUACAGUUUCCAUUAUCACGUCGGACGGGAGGAAUUUUAUUGGCACGCUGAAAGGUUUCGAUCAGACUAUCAAUAUAAUUCUGGAUGAAUCACACGAGCGAGUAUAUAGCACAACGCAGGGAGUGGAGCAGGUUGUCUUGGGUUUGCACAUCAUCAGAGGGGAUAACGUAGCGAUAGUAGGAGAGUUAGACGACGAGAUGGACGCGAGAUUGGAUCUAUCGACAAUACGAGCUGACCCCCUAAGUUCUAUCAUACAUUGAUGAAUAUGUCUGAAGUUGCGAUUGGAAUGGCUGUCUGUUCAAAUUUGAAAUAAAAACAAUUGCGAGCAUUAGAGAAAAAAGUAAUACAACUUUCCAUACAGAGGUUGUAUAUUGUACAAAAAUCUUUCAUUCCUCAUAUAUAGACAUGUUUAUCAUAUAAUUGUAUUUUAAAAAGUGCACAGAGUUAAUACAGCGGUAUUUACAUCAUUGAGACAAACCGAAAAACUUGUGUUUGAAUCAACAACUCUCGUCUGUACAAAAAUCUUGCUAUAUAUAUCUAUAUAUAUAUAAUAUGAUAGUAAACUUUAUACAAAUAUAAUUUCGCUCUAUAUCUAUAUAAUGUAGUAAUAAUAAUAAACGAAGUAUGUAGAUUAACAUUGA